CUCUGCUGGCUGGGAAUGAUAGGAGUUGUUCACAGCACAUCUGAAAGGAAGGUGUAUGCUGAUCCAGGCUAUUUGGACACCCUGACCCAGCUGCUGGGGACCCUCCCUCCCCCCCAAGGGGGCAGAAUGGAGUUAGAGGAGGGCUACAAUGGAAGCUCAGCCCUAGGAGCUCAAGGAGGUUCGGCCAUGGCCAUCAUUGGUGCAGAAGAUGAGGACUUUGAAAAUGACAUUGAGCCUUUCCAGCACCCAGACACUCAAAGCAGCUUGUUCCAGAACCUGGAGAUUCUGAUGAAGCACCCUGCCUACUUGAUGGCCUUUAUACAACAUGUGGUAUUGCAGUUUGAUUCGAGCCCUGUGCUCUGUUACCUGCACGUGGACCUCAUCCUAAACCGCCUUGGGCCCAAGGAAGCAAAGAAGCAGUUUGUGGAUUUUUGCCAUGCAUUCUUAGACAAAACUGGGCUGCUGAGAGUCCCUGUUCCGAAUGCUGUGCAAUAUGAACUGGACCGAAACAGGCCUGAUCUUAUCCCAGAAGACCAGCAGAAAAAAUACUUGCAGGAUAUCCAGUCCUUUCAAGAAAUGGAGAUUUCCCAGCAGUUGGAGGACUUCAGGGAAAAAAAGAAAAUGGGAAUGACACCAGGAGAGAAGGAGUUGUCUGAACUAGAACGAUAUCAGACCAAGGACAAAGGCAUCCGCGAGGCCAAGGAGAAACAGCUGGCCGAACAGCUGUUGGCCAAAUUGGAGGAGAUGCACCUCACCAUUUCUCCCGACGAGGAAAAAAGCUCUGCCAUUUUUACCGCCAUUGUGACAUAUAUGAAGCACCUGGGGGUUAAGACGAAGGCCGCCGAUAACAAGAAGUCAAAAGCGAACUUCUUCCGCAAGAAGAUUUCAGGGGCCAAGAAACCCGAGGAAGCUCUCAAACCGAAGAAAGGCUUUAGCAUUUUGGACCCAACGCGCUGGAACCGUGGGGAUUCCCAUUAUUCUGAUUACAGACAGUCCAAACCUGAGGGUGAAGCAGGUGAGAAGACACCAGCCUUGGACAAAAAAGCCAAGUUAGCAGAAGGAAGUUCUGGGCGGGGCAAGGGGACCCCUUCAGGGCAGGAUCCCUCUGGAGUGUCCGUCACUGUGCAUCCCCCACCCGGAGAGGGCAAUGAUGGAGAGCAGGGGGUGGACAGUCCAGGUCUAGCAGACUCGGGAGAUUCACCGGUUACUGAGCAGUCCCUGGCCGGAGAACAGCUCCCGCCGGAUGAAGGUGCAGAAAAUGAAAGAAAGCGAAAAAGGCUGACCGGAAAGUUGGGCCGCUCCGAGAGCCUCCGGGUUUACGAGCGGAAGCGGACUCAGCGGGGCUCAGCUAAGGGCAAACAGCCGCGUUCGCGGAGCGAUGUGGACAUCGAGGCCGCGGCCCGGGCCAAUGAGCUGGAGGAGAAGCCAACCCUAGAGCAGGCUCGGCAGAAUCAGGGAAGUCGCAAUUUGGAGCCAGGAGGGGCAGGGGGAGGGGAGCCUCCGCCGUCCUUUCUGCUUCCCCAGUCUGAGGAGUUUGAGCCGCGUGUUUCGGAACUGGAGCUGGACCCGCCAAACUGGCGGGAGCUUGUCCCCUCCGACACCCUCCUCAGGCUGAAGAAAAGUGAAGUGAAGCGGCAAGAAGUCAUCAAUGAGCUGUUUAUCACAGAGCAUGCCCACCUGCGAAUGCUCCGAGUGUUGCUGGAGGUUUUCUACCAACCUUUGUUGACCGAGGGAUACUUUACAGACAGUGAACUGGUGAACAUUUUCCCCGGUCUGGAGGACUUGAUCGACGAACACAAAGUGUUUCUGGAGAACUUGAAGAAACUGAGGGAGGAAAACAAUUUGAUUGUCUCUGAGAUUGGAAGCACUCUGCUGGCUCGAUUUGAUGGGCCUGAAGGAAACUGGUUUCAGAAGAUCUCCUCCCGGUUUUGUAGCCGCCAGUCUUUUGCGUUAGAACAGCUGAAGGCUAAGCAGAAGAAAGAAGCCCGUUUCAACCAGUUCAUCCAGGAGGCAGAAAGUAAACCUCGAUGCCGGCGAUUACAGCUGAAGGACAUCAUUCCUAUUGAGAUGCAGAGACUAACCAAGUAUCCAUUGCUGCUGCACUCCAUCGCCAAAUGCACUGAGGAGGUUGAGGAACGUCAGAAAGUGGAGAAGGCAGCUGAAUGCUGUCGGCAGAUCCUCAACCAUGUCAACCAAGCAGUGCGUGUUAUGGAGAAUUUACUGAAACUCAAAGACUAUCAGCGGCGCUUGGACCUCUCCAACUUGAAACAAACUACUGAUCCUCUGCUGAGUGAAUUUCGGAACAUGGAUAUCACCAAGCGAAAUCUUGUGUACGAGGGACCCCUGACAUGGCGUGUAACCAAGGAUAAAUCAGUAGAUGUUCAUGUCCUCUUGCUGGAUGAUAUCUUGGUGCUUCUGCAGAAGCAGGAAGAGCGCCUGGUGGUCAAGUGUCACAGCCGCAAUAUCACCCCAACCCCCGAUGGGAAACAAAUGCUGUCCCCCAUCAUCAAGCUCAAUUCUGCCAUGACCCGUGAAGUGGCCACAGACAUCAAGGCCUUCUACGUGAUCUUCAGCUGGGAGAAUGGAGCUCAGAUCUACGAACUGGUGGCUCAGACAGUGUCAGAAAGGAAGAACUGGUGCAAUAUUAUUAGCGACACUGCUGGUUCUCUGAAGCUGCCCGCUUCUUCCAAUUCCAAACAACGGCUUUCCGUACCAAACCGAACGUCACCACAUAGUCCUAGCUACUACUCAGAGGCCCUUCUGGGGGGAGCAGAAAAUGGCAGCACCCUUAAGGAGGCACUGCAGUCAGAGGAACAAGAAAAAGAUGGAAUUCUGGAAGGCACAGAAUUUGAGGAACGGAACCCUGUUGGUGGACCAAAGUUAGAUAAGACAGUGGAGGCAUUUGUGGCUGACCUACAGACCUUCUGCAGAACUCAGCCUCCUGGGCAGGUCCCUCUAGCAUCUGCUGCACAGGACCGAGUCUCGGCCCUGAAGAGGCUGCUUCAGAUACCAGAGGAAGGGGAGGCCAUCUUUCCCGCAGAACCUACAGACCUUUCCCCAGAGAAUGGAGCCCCCCAGGAAGGGGAAGAGGAAUGGGAUGGGAAUUUCAGGAUUGAAGCAGACAGCAGCAGGAGGCUUCCAGGAGGCUCUUCAAAUGGCCCUCAAGAUCCAGAGUGGGGCUCUGAACAUCUGGAUAAGGAAGGUCCCCGUUUCUCCAUCAUUCUGUCCCUCCAACAAUCUGACGGGGUGAAGCAUCACUUAAGGCUUCUAGAAGAUGCAAUUCAGGGUCUGAAGGAUAUAGAAACAGAUUAUUGGAGGCUUCAGCAGCUGAUGAACAAGUUCACAUCAUCUCAACAACCUAGUUCCACAUGAGGCUUGGCCAAGCAAGGUAGCCAUGGAUUUCAUAUCUCACUGGUUCUUCUUUCUCCAGGCCUGCCUGAACAAGAAGGAAGAGGACCAUGGGCUAACCCCCUUCUCCGGCCAGGCGGCUCUCUCCCAGCAUGAGCAACCAAACGGGGAUCUACACUGCUGCUUGUUUUGUAUAGGGAGAGACCCUGUGGAUUUUGUACAUAUCAUUUUCUGCCUAGACCACACUAUAAGGGGAAGUAUUUAGAGGUUGAAGCGUUGCAUUUAGGAAAAGUCCUUCAAAUGUCUGGGGGUGUGGGGGGAAGCUCUUCAUUAGGUCAGAAAGGUGCUUCGGGAUGGGGAAGCUUCACUUUUAGCGAUGGGAAUAGUUUACAAUGCUGGUUCUCAGGGGUGACAGAUUACAAAACUGGGAUCUGAUGACAGCUCUCCGUUGGCCAAAAUAGGUGGUGGGCUAACAAAGAACACACGUGUCUGAGAUCAGAGCAGGCGCCCGUAAUUUGAUGGCCUGUGUACUACUAGGCUCUCAGAUAACUCAGGGGGUAUGCAAGUAGGACAUGAUGUAGUAGCUAUCCUGCCUUCCCAGAUUAAUCCUCAGCUCCCAGGGGUGUAACUCACCCGUUAGUGUAUUAUCUUCCACACAUGUAUCAGUUUUCUUUUUAGAAAAAUGCAAUUGCAGCAGAGUUUCCAUAGGAAGAAGAAACAAACUCACUUCUAAGCUCUCAUUUUUAUCUUCUUGAAUUAAUACUUUGUCCUCGCAUAGAUAUAUUUUCCCCUGCAAACUUCCCUACUUUUCUACAUGUCCCUGUCUUGUACCUAUCUGAACUCAUUUAAUGAUGCCAAAAUUUCCUCCCAGUUCUUCCUUUCCCAUCUCACUUUUCCUCCAGCCUGCCAGUCUAACUCUACCAUCACCACCAGCAAGGUGAAAUUCUUUUUGUCUUAGGCUCCCAUAGAAAUUGAAUGAGACAGGUGAAAAAAACGGAGUUGGUACUUUCUCUACCACACACACACACACGUGCACACAGACACACACACACACUUCAGAGUAUGGUCCUGAACUUCUCCAGCCUUCCCAGUCUCAGUACCUUGCAGAAAUGUUGGGUCUACAGUUUCCUAAAUUACCAGCCAAAAGCCAUGUUGACUGGGGACUUCUGGAAAUUGUAAUCUCAGCUUAUCUUGAGGGCUUCCCAGGUUAGGGAAGGGUUAGGGUUAUCAAUUAUGGACCCAUGGACUACAGUUCUAAAUAAUACAAAGUCCAAAUAUCAAGGGAAGUAGAGGAAGAGAUAAGUUGUAGGUCCUAUCUUUAAGGUUGGGUGAAAGGUUGGCGUGAUUCUGGAAUUGAAGGCAGUGCCUUUCCAACUUACUUAGAAGUCUCUCAGAACUUCUCCAGUGGGAGGAAGAUUAACCAGCACGUUUCCCAGGAGCUUAGUUUGCUUCAUGCUGCCAGUCUUCCCUUGUGUGCAAAUAGGGAUGAUGAUGUUAAGGGCAUGCUAAACUGCACACUCAAUGCUAUGCAUUCCUGAAUCUUUGGCUGUAUGCAAGGGAUCUCAUAACCUCAAGCUUUUUGCUGGAGUGCUGAACAAGGAAAGGGUUCCUCCCUCCAAAAGACAGCCAUUCUUGAAACUUAAUUCCCAUUAGACCCCUCCUGUCCCAUCCCCCCCCCCAUCCCUUUUCCAUCUUUUCGCUAGGCAGAGCCUGAGAAAAUCAUCCCUUUUUGGAGUUAGAGUCCAAAUAGUGUGAAUAGUUUGUGAAAUCUGAAUCGUGGAUCUGACCAUGGGCCCAUGGUAGAAAUAGGCACCUAACCUUCAUUCCGUUUGACCUUGGACUACCCCUGCUCCUUCUUGCCUACCGAUAGUGCCGUGAGUUAUUUUCAGUCAUGAGCUACACACAAGCAGCACAUUUUUGGGGUGCAGAAAUAGACCUCUUGCAUAAUGCAAUGUACAGUUACCUCACUGCCCUUGGUGAUCUGCUAUUCUGCACUGUAUUCAGCAGGUGGUGCCAUAGCUGUGUGUAUGUAUAUGUAUAUAUACACAUAUGUGUAUGUGUGCAUAGCAGAUGGUGCUACUUCUCUGGGCUUUUUAAAGGGUUGAGAUUAUUGGUCAUUAAAAUCCUGGAGACAUUUCUCAUCCUCUUCUCUCAAUCCCUCUGCGGUAUGUAAGUUGCUUUUAGACUUGGUUGGUCCCCUGGAGCUGGACCACGGAGCAGGACAGUUUUGAAUGUUCAGGGAGGAUUUGGUCUUGCUGAAUCCAUGCUGCAUCAAAUCCUUCAUUUCACUCCUCCACCUCCAAUUAGUUGGUCCUUUGGUUCAAUCAGGAUUGGGGAUUAGCCAUUGCUAAGCAACCACAGUGUGCUGUCUUCCUCCCCUGGGGGGGGGGGAAACCCCUCCUGGUGACAGAAUGGAAAAUGAUGGGCUAAUUGGGGGACGCUGGGAAGGUUCUAGAAAAGAAGCUGGAUCCAGCCCAGUGGAGAGAAGAAAAGUUUGGUUGGGGGGGGGGAAGAAAAGUGAUGGUGUCUGCCCCACAGAGGGAGCCUAGAGCAAGGGGUGGAGAUGAGGGGCCAAACCACCAGCGUCUUCAGAGACUGAACUCUAUUCAGUUGCUUCCAAGUGUCUUUAUAGUGUGUUAAUAAUGUGCUUGUAUUUUAAGAAAACUUGUAUUUUGCUGGGAAACAGUCACCAAUGUAAAGGAACGGUCAGAAAUCCAGGGCUGUUUUAUGUAGAGUGAGAUCAUGUUUAGUUGUGUCUAUUUUUUUUUAAUCUAUUACUGUACAAAGAGUGUAAACCAAUAUAUUCAGUGAGACUUUUCCCUUUUCUUUGAUCUCCCAGUAUUAUGAUGUAUAAAAUGUUAAAGGGGUGAAGCAAAGGAUGGUUGGGCCUGAAGACCUGUUUUCACAGUUGAGGUCUUUUGCAGUGUUAAUUUAAGAAAUAUUCUCAAGAUUGGCCAUAGACCCCUCUUUCCUAUAGACAUAUAAUUGCCAGCUAUGUUUCUGGCCUCCUUUUUUAGGGCAGAAGGCAAAGGAGGAUAUAUUUUUCCUUUUCUAUUUCCAUCAACAGGCUGUAUCCUGCUCUGUGUUUCUUGCAUAGUUGCACUGUAGAAGAAAAUGUAGGGUGAUCAGAACAUCACAUUACAUUUUAAGCCUUAAAACAGACAUGAGGAGCAAUUUCCUGGUUUUGAUCAAUGUGGAGAAAAAUGUUGGCCCAGACUCUGGAUUUUUGGCAGGGCAGUUUUGGUGCAUAGCUCCACCUUUCUUAUUUUCUGUUCACCUGGUGACCAGGUCAUCAUCCCUGACUCCAAAUUCCAGGUGACAGCUAAAAAUCUUGGGAAAUUAGAAGCUGAACCAGUUAUGGGAAAUCAUCUGUCUGCCAAGUUCAGUAUUCUUAACUGAAGCGUAUGGCUUGGUGAUAAAUAUACAUUAUAUUAAUGAAGAUCCUUAUUAUAGGAUGGGCUGCUUUGUAGUCUUCGCUAUAGACUUGCUGCACCAAGUGUUAGCUCUUAACUUCCCCGAGAGUCUUCGUGGAGGUGAGAUAUUUUAACCAGCUUCAACAGUUUGCCAUGGCUUUAUCUUGUUCUACACACACCCCAAAAUGACAGGAAAUCUUAAAUUGUACAUACUAUGUGGGACAAAGAAUACUUAGAGUACUUUUCCAAGCUGAGUCAGGCAGCAUAAAGAUUCUAAAAUAUUUGUACCCAUUCUCUCAAAUCUACACCAUUCUCUUGUCCAGCAUUUGAGAUUUUCUGACUUGGGAGUAUCGUGUCUCUAAAUGGACACACCUUUUUUGCUCUUUAAGCCCAUCUUGGACACAUGCCACAAAGUAGAGUUUCCAGUAUCCUUCACCUCUUCCCUUUCCCUGGGAUUUUAUGGCAAAUAAUCUUGAGAAUGUUUCCAUAAUGGCACCAUGGUAGGUUAUGCCUCGGUAGAAUGUUUGAUUCUGGAUUUCAGUUUACAUGUGAAGCAGAACGUAGGCCUCCUUCCUAUAGCAACGUUGCUGAUGGAAAGGAUCAUGAGAAUAACAGAAAGGGGAAGGCCUCUUCCCUAAAAAGCGAGGCCCAAGCAUUUUUCUGAUCCAUUUAGUGAUUGGAUGGAAAGGAAGAGUAGAUCUCAGGAGAUAUUAUAGCAUUUCAUGUCCCUCCUUAUGGGCACAGCGGUUGAGACUCCUGCGUUCCUCCAUCCCGGC